CCAAGCGCGAACGACACAAAUGGGACGUAAUAUAAAGGAGGGAAACGGCGUGUCCAGUCCGUGCCUCUUCGGCGAGCAGGAGCACGAUCACAUAGGAUCACAGCCUAGCGCGUCGGUCUUUGUGAAAAUCUACAACUGGCGAAGAAGAGCUCACUGAAGCACCAUCAACGCUCCACACAAGAGGACAUCCACUGUGUCUCAAGAUGAGGAAAAGCAGGAGUGCACAUGGGGUCACACCAGGAGAGGAGAGUAAGGAGCCGUCUCCAGGGCCGGUCCCCAGUGGCAGCUCCCUCGGUGUGGACCUGUUGUACAAAGUCCACAGGCGCUUCUCUGGGAACUUGCAGCUGCCUCCGUUGUCAUGGCGACAGGCAGAGAAGGAACGGGACCGUGCGCGGCCUGUGACCCCUGACGAGGACCCAGUAACCCGGAGCAGACCGACCAGCCUGCCCAUCGCCUCACUGCCCCGAAUCGACAUCACACAGGCAGACUCAGACAGUUUUGAUGGUGAGAAUGGUCCUUCGUUGUGCUGCAGUCCCUCAGACCCACAGGGUUCUCCAGGAUCUAGUCUGGUCCUGCAUCCAAACUCAGCCUGCCACGGCCAACGGAGAGAGUCCUUCCUCUACCGCUCUGACAGUGACUAUGAGCUCUCACCUAAAUCCUUGUCCAGAAACUCCUCUAUCGUGGGAGAUCUGCACACCGAAGACUUGAUUGUAACUCCCUUCGCUCAGGUGCUAGCAAGCCUCAGAACGGUCAGAAACAACUUCACCACUCUGACUAAUGUGCAGUGUGUCUCCAACAAGAGGUCUCCGGCUGCCAGCCAACCUUCUGUCACCAGAGUGUGUCUGUCAGAUGAGUCCUACCAGAAGUUGGCGAUGGAAACCAUGGAAGAGCUGGACUGGUGUCUAGAUCAGCUGGAGACUAUUCAGACGUACAGAUCUGUCAGCGAUAUGGCCUCAAACAAGUUCAAGAGGAUGCUGAAUCGAGAGCUAAACCACCUGUCCGAGAUGAGCCGAUCUGGCAACCAAGUGUCAGAGUACAUCUCCAAUACCUUUCUCGACAAGAAGAUUGAUUUGGACCUUCCCUGUCCGGUCCCCAAGUCGAGGGAAAGGAAAAGACGGCAGGGCCCCCAUCACCACCACCAGCAGCAGCCACAGCAGCAAAGUGGGAUGAUGAAUCAGAUCAGCGGGGUUCGAAAACUCAGCCAUUCGCCAAAUAUUUCUGGGAGCACGGUGCAACGCUUUGGGGUGAAAACAGAUCAGGAAGAGCUUUUGUCAAAGGAUCUGGAAGACAUUAAUAAGUGGGGUCUCAACAUCUUCAAGCUGGCGGAGCAUUCCCACAACAGGCCGCUCACAUGCAUCAUGUACACCAUUUUCCAGGAGCGGGACUUGAUGCGAACAUUCAAGAUUCCAACGGACACCUUUCUGACGUUCAUGCUGACCCUGGAGAGCCAUUAUCACUCAGAUGUAGCCUACCACAACAGCCUGCACGCUGCUGAUGUUGCCCAGUCCACACAUGCGCUCCUGUCCACCCCUGCCCUUGACGCUGUAUUCACAGAUCUAGAAAUCUUGGCAGCCAUUUUUGCUGCAGCUAUUCAUGAUGUGGAUCAUCCUGGUGUGUCCAACCAGUUUCUCAUCAAUACAAACUCAGAGCUGGCUCUGAUGUACAACGAUGAGUCAGUGUUGGAAAACCACCACCUGGCUGUGGGCUUCAAGUUGCUGCAGGAGGACAACUGUGACAUCUUCCAAAACCUCACAAAGAAGCAGCGGCAGACACUGAGGAGGAUGGUCAUAGAAAUGGUGCUGGCAACUGACAUGUCGAAACACAUGAGUCUGCUGGCUGAUCUCAAAACUAUGGUUGAAACUAAGAAGGUGACGAGCUCUGGAGUUUUGAUGCUUGAUAACUACACAGACAGAAUGCAGGUUUUACGGAAUAUGGUUCACUGCGCAGACCUCAGCAACCCCACCAAACCUCUAGACCUUUAUAGACAAUGGACAGACAGGAUUAUGGACGAGUUCUUCCACCAGGGGGACAGAGAAAGGGAAAGGGGGAUGGAGAUCAGCCCAAUGUGUGACAAACACACUGCCUCUGUGGAGAGAACACAGGUGGGCUUCAUCGAUUACAUUGUUCACCCGCUUUGGGAGACGUGGGCAGACUUGGUCCACCCAGACGCCCAGGACAUACUGGACACUUUGGAGGACAAUCGAAACUGGUACCAGAGCAUGAUUCCACAAAGCCCCUCCCCGCCAUUUUACACCGGCGAUGGAGAAGGAAGCUCGCAGGGAGAGCUUGAGGAACCCCCUGUGUCCAGUAAAUUCAAAUUUGACCUAACAGUAAUGGACCAAAGUGGACAAGCUGGACAGAGGGAUAGUGGGACUAUACACGCAAGUGUUGACGGUGUGCCAGAUCAACCAUGUGAUGAAAGUCAAGAUGCUGAGACAUAGCCAAAGACUUUUGACUGAAGGUUUUGCUCAUUUUAUUGCAGUGGAGAAAUCCUGCAAUGUGGCUCUUUGAAGCUGCCUGGCAAAGAGGGGCUGACUGUAUGCAGGCCCCUGCGAUUGAGGCUGGGAAAGCCCUCAGCAGUUUGUUGAGCUGCUUAGAGGGGGGCUCGAUGAGUGUGUCCUCUGUUCUUUGAUUGAGGGACUGCUGCUGAGUGCAGAGGCAGAGCUGGAUGCCACAGGCUCCACAGUGAAGAGGACAAUAUAAAUGUAAUACACAAAAUGGGACGGUUUGAGACUUGCACUUCAGGACAUUUGUACCUUUUUUUUUUUUUAUAUUGUUUUGGGAAUGGAUUUUCCUUGAGUGUCCAAGUUGAACAACUGGUUGAAAAAUUCUUUGUAAGCCUAGUAGUUUUUGUCUACAAUGUUGUGUGCCUUUUUCAUAAUUUAUUGAACAUGUCAUGUAGCUGUAAAAUGUGCAACUUUUUCUACCAAGAGGACAUUGUCACCUCAGAGUCUUCCCCGAUUUUCAGCAAUAGUAAGCGCUUGUUCUUACAAAACAGAAUUUUGCACUUUUGGAUCAAAAUAACUUUGCUGCAAGAUGUGCGAUACAGUGUCCAGUUACCAAAAUAAGACUGUUUUUCUUUAUGUAAGCAAUUAAUAAUAUUCACCGACAGAAAUAUCCAAAGAAUUUUGCAUGAAGUACUUCAGUGUUCAGUUCUUCCUUAAAACUCAAUUGUGUGAGCCCUUCCACCAAACUGUAGCCUGAGUUCUGAGUGCAGGCAAACUAAUGACCUUGUUUAAUACUGAGCCGUUCCUAUUACGGAAAAUGUGUUCCUACCUUGUAAUUUCCCCUUGUUAGAACACACACCUGUUGCGGUUAGGGAUUUUAAAGCAUUCCUUUUUCAUGAAUGCCGCUUUACACCAUUAGUCAUUUUGAACUCUGAGUGACUGUAGACUACGCGCACAUUUUAAAGACAACUGUUAGGUUGAUAUGUAAUAAUUGUAGUAAUUGUACCAUGUAGUUUUUAUUGCAGCACUUUGAAUAAGUGGACAGUCUUGCAACUGGUUGCAGAUCUGUCUGUCUCUACCUUAAAGGUACCAUGAUGUGAGUGAUUGAGGGAGUUUUCGUCAUGUCUACACCUGACGUCUCUCUGCGUGUGUGUGAAUGUGUCACAAUGUUGCACAAUUCUGUUGCACCCAGCUAUUUGUAAAGUAUAUUUAUUACCUUCUAUAAUAUUGAUAAUAAUUAAUAUUUACUGGAUAUUUGCUAUUUAUAUUAGUAUGCACUACACUAUCACAGACUGAACUGGCCUUUGUAUGUAAAGCAAACCAUAACAUCAUGCUCAGUGUUCCAAUGUGUUUGAUGUAGGCCUCAUUUUGUAUAGUUCAUUUUCCACACCUGGUUGUGGCAGAGUCUACCUUUUUUAGUCUUUACUUUGAAUGAAGGUGUACAAUGACUGGUCAUUGUGCAGCCAGGAAUAUUCACUGAAAUGUUAACAUUGUUUCAAAUGUUUGCUUCAGUGUUUUUCUUAAAAUUUCUUUAAUUUGUGUAUGUUGUGUUCAGAUGUUUUGUAAUCAGUUUAUUAAAAUGGGCAUGUACUACA